ACCUAAAAUUCCAAAUUAUAUUGCUGCAUGUGGUUGUUUUGGUAAUGAAAAUUAUGAUAGAAAUAAUCCUCAGUAUUCAUUUCAAAAUAAAUUAACAGUACCACUGAAUAGUGGAAUUGGAUUACAACUCCCACCAAAACAACCACCUUCUAUACCACCAAAACCUUCACCUUCAAUUCCUCCAAGACCUAGAAAUAAUGGAAAUGAAAUAUUAAUAAUAGAUUUAAAUAAUAAUAAUCAAAAACAUAAUCUUGAAUUUAAUUAUUUAUUUCAAAGAAUCAAUAACAAUAAUCAAGAAAUAGGAAAAUCUAUAAAUCACUUUAAUGAACAAAUAGAUGAUAUUAAUCAAAAUAUUUGUAGUAUAAAUUUUGAUAAUAUAUAUUUAGAUACUUAUUUACCAAAUUUAGAAAAUUUAUAUACUCAAUUAAUAACAAGAAAUAAUAACAAUUUUGAAGAAUUAUUUAAUAAUCUUCAAAAUGAUAUUAGAACUAUAAAUUUAAAUAAUGAAUGUUUACAACAAUAUAUAGCAAAUUUUGAAAAUAUACAAAAUCAAUUAACCACAACAAGAAAUAAUUAUAAUCUUGAAGAAACAUUUAAUAAUUUUAGAAAUAAUAUUAGAGAAAUAGUAUUUAGACAAUUAAAUAACAAUCAAAGAGAAAUAUUAUGA